CCAUCUUCACUUCAUCUUCUUCAUCACAACACAAACACUUUGAUUUACAGAGAGAUCUUCUAUAUCCUAUUCACUACUCAGAAUCAGUUCUUUUUAUUGUUGAUUGUUGUUUGAGUUUUGGAGAGAGAAUUAAGAUGAGUCAUAUGGGGAAAGCUUGGAUAGUGGCAGCAAGUGUGGGAGCAGUGGAGGCACUCAAGGACCAGGGCUUCUGCAGAUGGAAUUACACUCUGAGGUCUAUUCACCAGCAUGCCAAGAACAACCUCAGGUCCUUUUCUCAGGCCAAGAAGCUCUCUUCUUCCUCUUCCGCCAUGGUUUCUAGCAGAGUGAGAGACGAGAAGGCCAAGCAAUCAGAGGAGUCUCUGAGGACCGUCAUGUACUUGAGCUGCUGGGGACCCAACUGAGGAAGAAGAUAUGAAGAUGGAUGAUCACCAGCAUACUAGUGAAGCAUCGAUGGAGGGCAUAUUCCAAGAAAGUGAUACGAACAACUUAGUUCCCUCUUUCAAGCUAAGAGCCUCUCUUCUUCUUCUCCUCCUUAUUCUUAUAAGAUGGAGGUGAAUAGUGGCGGAGAAGGUGAGAAAAGGAAGAAGACACAGAAAGUAAUGGGGAAAGUCGUGGGCUUGAGCUCCUGCGGUCCCAGUGAAGCAAUGGAUAGAGAUUUUGAGGUGUAACAUAAGAGUAAACAUUUUGUAGAGAUCUGCAGAUAGAUAAGAUGAUUUUAAUGUGUACUUAAAAAAAUGAAAUAAGAUUUCAGAUUUAUCAUCA